AUGUUGCUUGCACCUAAGGAGAGGUACUUCGGCCUCAAGGGUGGAUGGCUGGUAUUCUGGAUUACCGUUGCUUGUGCAACAGAUAUGACUCUCUUUGGUUACGACCAGGGAGUCUUCUCUGGAGUUGUUGUCAGCGAGAACUUUCUCCAACUGCACGACCUUGAAGGCCCUUCUCGGACCAAGGUUUUAUCCACUGUCGCUGCCAUAUAUGAUGUGGGCUGCUUCAUUGGUGCAAUUGUGGCCUUCACCAUUGGCGAAAGACUGGGACGCAAGAAGACCAUCAUAAUCGGCACUGCGAUUAUGUCUGUUGGGGUGAUUCUGAAGACUAGCUCGUUCAGCCUACCACAGAUGUUCGUUGGACGUAUCAUACUCGGAAUUGGCAACGGCAUCAACACUGCGACAGCGCCAAUCUGGCAAACCGAGACAGCUCCUGCAGAGCUCAGAGGAAAGCUCGUUAUUCUGGAAAUGAUGACCAACGUCGGAGGCUUCAUGAUAGUCAACUGGAUCAAUUAUGGUCUGUCUUUCGUGCCGGGCUCGAUCCAAUGGAGACUUCCUUUGGCCCUACAGUUUGUCUUCAUCUUUGUUCUGUUUGUCACUGUUCCCUGGCUGCCCGAGUCACCUCGCUGGCUCAUCGCUCAUGGUCAAGAAAAAGAGGCUAUUCAGAUUCUAGCCGAUCUCGACGACAAGCCUAUCGACCAUGCUUAUGUCAUAGCACAGUACCAAGAGAUCACGUACGGUGUUCAGUACGAAAAGGACCAUGCGAUCAAGUGGAGUGAUCUACUUCGCGGCCGUACCCAAGAUGGCACCAAAAGUGUUCGUCGUCUACUUCUUGGAGCCGGCACCCAGUUCAUGCAACAGUUUGGAGGCAUUAACAUCAUGUCUUACUACACACCGACGAUCAUGAUAACGUACGUUGGACUGAGCAACUCUAUGGCUCGCUUGCUGUCCGCCUGCAAUGCGGUAUCAUACUUCGUAUUUGCGGGCGUUGCGGUUCUUUUCGUCGAACGUUUGGGCCGCAGAUCAUUGAUGAUGAUAUCCACCUUUCUGCAGCUCAUCGCCUUCCUCUGCAUUUCUAUUCUUCUCAAAUAUGCUAUCGCUAACGGUAGUACUGAAUGUGCUAAGGCGGCCAUUUUCUUUUUCUUCUUCUACAACAUCGCGUUUGCCGUGGGUAUGCUCGGCGUACCUUGGCUCUACCCAGCCGAGAUUAACAGUUUGCCAAUGCGUACCAAAGGUGCCGCAGUAGCGACAGCCACCAACUGGAUUACAAACUUCGUCAUUGUCGAGAUCACCCCAAUAGGAUUUCAGAACCUGGGAUGGCGCUUCUGGCCAAUCUGGGUUGGAACCAAUGCUCUUUUCUUGCCUGUCAUCUACCUUUGCUAUCCAGAGACCAGUUCCAGAACUCUUGAAGACUUAGACGCAUACUUCAGAUCUGACCCCAGUUUGUUUGUGUUCAGAGACAAAGACGCAAUUUCUAGUACGAGACCUUUGAAGUAUAUCGAAAGGGAGAACGAAGAGGUGCACAGAGUAGAGGAGCAAGAUGUUGUGGCUGGGAAGCGAAGCAGCAAAGUCAACCCCUUGGAGGAUGUCGAGACUCAGCAUCACGAGGUUGGGAAAGUGCAGUGA